AUGCGUCAGCUUAAGGAACAGGAAUACAAUGCUCUCGUGGAAAAAUUAUCGUCUUUUUUACUUUUUUGUGACGUUAAUAUGCUUCUUGAACGUAGCGGUGAAAAGUACAACUUUUACUAUCAUCGUGAACGUGUUUUCUACUGUCGGGAGGACUUAGCUAAACGUGCCAUGAAUAUUACGCGCAAAAAUCUCCUAAGCUUUGGGACGUGCUUUGGAAAAUUUACCAAAACAAAGAAAUUCCGACUCCAUAUUACGGCUCUGGCGUACCUAUCACCAUAUGCAAAGUAUCGUAUCUGGGUUAAACCUUCAGCUGAGCAACAGUUUUUGUACGGGCAGCACAUUUUAAAGUCGGGUUUAGCCCGUGUGUCUGAAGACACUCCACAGUAUGCUGGUGUUGUUGUGAUGAACAUGAAUGAUAUACCUUUAGGCUUCGGCGUUGCAGCGAAGUCGACGCUCCAGAUAAAGAAUACGGACCCAAUGACUAUUAUCGGGUUUCACCAGGCUGACAUCGGUGAAUACAUUAGAAGUGAAGAAACCAUCGUUUAG